AUGGUGCUGCUAAAGGCCAUUGGAGCCGCCUAUCUGGCAGCGAACCUCUUGGGCGUUAAUGCCGGUCUCUGUCGCCCAUCGACCAGGACUUCGUUAAGCCUGACCGCUUCCGAGACCUCAAUCGUACCCUCGAUUAUCUCGACUUCGGCUUCGGGCAGUAGCGCUGUCCCAACGACGUCGCAAGAUGGCACCACAGCUCCGACAGAUGGAACAACUGCCAUAGAAUCUACGACGUCUGGAAACCCACCUUCAUCCAGUGAAACUCAAAUUUCGUCACGCAAUCCUACGUCAGAUCUUUCAACAUUCUCAACUGUUCAGACUUCCAGUGAUGCUACAACAUCUCUCGCCGUGUCCAGCAACCUUGCCACAUCUAGCGAUGCCGUGAGCUCUGUUGAUUCGACGAUCUCUGGUUCUUCUACUUCGUCUGCCGAGACUACAACAUCUGUUGGUUCAACCGUCUCUGGUUCUUCUACCAUCCCGGCUGAGACUACGACCUCUAUCGAAUCCACACUGUCGAGCAUUCCCACCACCACUGCUGAAACAUCUACUGAUGCUAACACAUCCGGUAUUCCAACCACUGUCGAGACCACAACAUCUACUGGUAUUACGACAACUUCAUCAGAGCCUACAACAACAACUUCAGUUUGUGUUGAGCCCACCAACCUGCUCAGACAGCCCGGCUUCGAGUCUUCAGACGAAGGAACUGUAUGGGGAUUCUACUGGGGCGGUGGUGGAAUCGAGAAUGACCCCGAUCACGCUCGAACUGGCGACUCCUUGGCUGUUCUACCUGUUCCUGAUGGCCAAGAACGACGCAUGGAGCAGCGUAUCCACAUAACUCCCGGCACAGAGUACACUAUUAGCUUCUACUAUGCUGUAGACAGCCCGCCACCGAGUGACUCUCAAUGCUUUGUCUUUGCAACUUUCGAUUACUACACAGCGUUGAAGCAAGUGCCGCUUCCGUCUGACACUGAAUACCACCAGUACACGGCAAGCUUCAUCUCAGCAGAUAACCUAGACCCCGCUAUUGAGAUCGGUAUCUCUUGUGCCAGUGUGGGUAACGGUUACACAGCUACAGUCUACAUUGAUGACACAUCGGUUCUGGAUUCUUCCAACGAAUGCAGCACUACUCCCGUCGACCCUAACGCUCCCCCCAAGUCCACGCUGCUUGUCCCUGCACAGCCGGAGUCACCUCACUGCCCUGUGAAUGUUGUUCAAGUGCCUGGUUUUGAGCCUGUCAACGGCAAUCAAGCCUGGGCUUUCUACGCUGGCGUGGGAGACUUUGCCCGAGACAAAUCCAAUGCUCGAACAGGAGAGUGGGAGGCUGUUUUCCCCAGUGGAACUCGGGAUAAUGCUAUCUUCCUCGAGCAAAACAUCGACGCAGAGGAUCUCGAAGCCGGCGAGAUCUACGAUUACCAUUUCUUCUGGAAGCCCAAGACCCUGCCAGACAAUGGGCGUUGCUAUAUCUCUGGCGGUUACAAUGAUGCUGUUUUAUACACAGGGGCCGAAGUUAAGUCUGGGGCAACUUCAUCGACUGGCUACACCAUUUACUCGGUUCGCUUCAACAUGCCAUCUGGUAACGUCCUUCUUCAAAUCGUCUUUUAUUGUGAUUACAACUCUGGCAACCAACAGCUGGGAUCAGUCUUCGUUGAUGAUACGGCAUUGAUUAAGGUUGGUGGCUGUGAAGCGUAUCCUGUGACGGGGGCACUCAUUGAGAAUCCCAGCUUUGAGAUCCAAGCGACUGAGGAUAGUACAUAUGCCUGGUUUGGUACCAAGGGCAUGUCAAUCAGAGCUGGAAGCACAGCUAACGGCCCCUCUCCUAACUCGGGCGACAACUUCCUAUAUGUUCAACUCGAAUCCACCAGAAAGUCGGCCACACUCACAAAGCCACUGGCUCGGGCCUUGGAGGUCGGGCAGACAUAUAGUCUCCUGUUCAACUGGUCGGUUGGACCCACGUUUUCGCCCGGUACUUGCUCAUUCACGGUUGUGUUUGGUUCAGUAUCUGAAACCGAUGACCUCAAUAAUCAGAACGAUCCCUACCAGUAUGGACCGUUCCUGUAUUCUUUCGAGGCGGCUGAAGCGGUCGAGUCCAUGUCCAUUACUGUUUCAUGCACGGACACUAGUGGUUUCCCUGAAUUCGUGUUCGAUGACUUCUCCCUUGAAUAA